GGGAGCGGGGGGGGGCAGCCCCUCGGCGGCCGGGCCGGAAAGCUGGAGCAAGCGAGUCCCUAAGGACGGAGCAGGUUGCCCCCGUUCAAACGGCAAGUUUGAACCCCGGGAGGACAUCUUCUGCCCUCUGCCCCUGACCCGGGCGUUCCCAGUGCCGCACUUCUCCUGGGGCUUUCGACGAGCUCUAGCUACCGGGCUGGCAUCAGCCGGGGGCUGCGCUGCGCCCUCAUUCCGCGCCCUGCGGAGCGGGGGCGGUGGGGAGAGGGCUCCGCUCUCCCCCCGAGGAGCCGCACUGGGAGGUGGAAUGAGUCUGGGAAGGGCUCGACUUCAGGGAGAGGAGACCUGGGGAAAAGGCUUUUAAGGAAAUUCUCCCUCGGGGAUGUAGGGGAGGAGAGGAUGGAAGGAACGGAACCCCUCUUUGCCCCGGUAGGGAGAGCCCUAUCCGCACACGCAGAUCAGAUCUUCGCGGUGCAGCAGGUGCCUCUGAACCCCUUCGCUUCUUCCCCUCUCCGUCCCUAGGAGCAGCGCCUGAGGGAGCCCACAAAUACCACCUUAAUAGCCGUAAUAAUUAAAAACAACAACAACAACAAAAACCCCCUUCUGCCUGGCCUUAAUGAUCCUUUACACACAUUCCCCACUCGCUCCCUCCCCCGUCCCCCCAGUGAAGGGCAAUGAUUAUUCGCACUCCUCUGCUUGCCGAGAGCGGAGCCUGAUGAAAGGACUUUAUCCUCGAGUGACUCCAUCGCUUGCUCCUCCUCCUCUCCCCAGCCCGCCGGCCGCCUCGCUUCGCUCUCAGCCCUAAUUGGGCUCUUGCUAAUAUGAUUAAAGCCCAGUUAAAUGUUUCUUGAUAAAUCUUGUCAAGAGAGGAUCCCCCCCCCCACGUCCCCUCCCUCUCUGUCGGUUGUCAGAAGCCCGGUUACAGACAGGACAUGCCCGGCUCCUGCUGUUCAUACUCUGGUGGGAAGUUGGCAUUUCACAAUUGUUCCUUUAACAGGGUUGUUUUGGAGCCGCUCCUGGGGAUCGUUCUUCUUCAGGCCGGGCUUGCUGAUAAGAACCGCCCGUGGCUUUUAUGUAACACGUUAGGAUUUGGUCCUGGUCCCAAAAUCUCACUGUUUCUUUAGCCUUUUAUUUCAUACCGACCCUCCCCCCCUCCUCCUUCUGCUCUUGGUAGCCUGUUCCCGGAAAGGCUCUUGCUCGAUGCGAGUCGGCCGGGCGCGAUCGCCCGUGCAAAAGCCCCGCAGGUCCCGGUGGAGCUGCGCGGGGGCCGAAGGUGCGCGCCGAGGGCUGGCUCCGCAUCGACAGCUGCCACACCCGCCCCCCCUUCCCGGGAAAAUUCCCGCUUCCUCGGCUCCUCUCUCCGCUCUAGGAGCCCUCGCGAGAGGCUCCCCCGUUGCCGCCCGUCGUUGUGCGAGGCGCCCCGGCCCCCCAGCACAACUUUUGCCGCUGCGCUCGCUGCUGCGGGCGCGCUCUCAACCCUUCACCUGCGUCUGUUUUCUUGUGAUUACACCGCAAUUGAACUCGGGCAUUAGACCACAUCCCGCCCCCGUUAUCAUUUGGGGACUCUGGUUGAAUUCGUAGGAAUUAGGAACCCGCAGUCGGCGGUGGAGGGGAGGAUGGUUCCCCGGGCUUCGGGCAUCCCUGCGGCCGGCCACGGUCUUGGCGGCGCUGCCUGGGCUGGCUCGCCCCGCCGUUUUGAGGGGCUCGUUUGGUGGGGCUGUUGGCUUACUCUCACUUUGGUUUUCAGUUUUCUUUGGGGGUGCAGAUAUUCGGCAGAGGCUUUUCGAGGGCUUUUGGUGGCUGUUGCUUCAGCCUUAAUGGCCUUGGAGGCUGCAGGGGGUGUAGUUGUUGGAGGGGGGGAUGGGGACAGGCUGUUUGGCCCUCUGUCGAGCCGUGAAGCCACGGUCUGGAAGCUCUUCGAUCCGGGGCUGGAAGUAGUAUUUCCCGAUGGAACACCUGGCCCUGGUUCCAGCCCGCGCCCCUGCACAGUAGCCCGUGCCCCGCGUGCGAGCGGAGGGCUGCUGCCACACAGCUUUUCCACGGGAAACACGCACUGCCUUCACCCAUUGGGAAGCAGGGACAUAGGUCGCCGAGGGACACGGACCGACUGCCCUGGCGAAGAGCCCCCGAAUCCCUCCCGCUCGCCACCGUUUCAGCCCCUUCAGCUCCUUCGCUCCCGAGGCUCGCCCGGGGACAGGCGGCAGCGCGCUGUCCGUCCGCCCUCGGGGCCGCCGGUGCGGGGACGUGCUGGACCGCGGGAGGCAGCGGAGGAGGAAGGUCAAAAUCAAACAAACGAAAAAAUCACCCCCAGCCCUGGGGAGCGCAGCUCCAACAAAGGCGCUUGUUCCCUGGGCAGGGGGAAAACCGAGCCAAGGGGUAAAACGGAAAUCUGCCUCCCCGCCGAGCCCUGCUCCCUCUUCCCGGCGGCAGGAGCCCGGGGGCGCGGGGCUGAGCCCCGGCGGGGCGAGGGGGCGCGGGCAGAACUCCAGAGGGGCCGACAGGGAGGGGGCAGAGCCCGGCAGGGCAGGCAGGGGGUGCAGACCUGCGCCCCUCCAAGGGCGGGCAGGGAGCGUAAUGCUAAACCCGUGCAGGGACCCUCGUCCCGAGGGGGGUUCUCCGCUCUCGUUCGCCCCAGCGGAGCGUCGGCCCUCCCCGGGCGAGGUUUCAAUCGCGGUUUGAGGAUGGUCCUCUCUCCCUACUCGUUCCUUCCUCCCUCCCUUGUGUGUUCCCCCACCGGGGUGGGUCUGGGUUUUUGCGAGACCACAAGAGCUGCGGCCCCUUUGGCCCGGGGCUGUUGAUUUACCCGAGCAGAGUCCCAAAUAAGCAGCUGUUUGUGCUCUAGCUGGAACGCUGGAGGCUUUCUAAGAAUGGCGCUUUUCUUACUCGAGGGUUUCUUUUUUUUUAAUUUAAUUUUAUUUUUAUUGGUACAUCGAACCAGCCUACAGCAUUGCUGGCGUCUUUCCACCAGGUGUCUAGGGCUCAGAGAAAAAUUCAAAUUAAUCUGAAAAUUAUGAGACAGUUUCCCUCCCCUUCUCCCAAAUAAAAUAAUUAUGAGAGAAAGAAUUGGUACAAACUGUCCAGUAAGGGAUUCAAGAUGGAAACAGAAAAGCACCUUCACCCCACCAGAGUGGUGAGGACCCAGAGGGGCCUUCCGCAGGCAGGAAGGAAUCAAAGCAGCUGGAAGAUGGAAUUUGACUGGUUUGAGAACCAGCUUCAGAGAUGUGGUUACCACCCACAGCAAGGGACUUGACCUCGUGAUCCAAAACAUCCCUUCUAAUCCUCUCCCUAAAACAUAAUAACUUGCCCUUCUAUAUACAAAAAAAAAAAAAAAAAAUCAAGUACAUUGCACACAUUAAACUAUUCUGCUUCACAGCUCUCUUGUAGGUCUCUAUUCCCAUUCUGCAGAGGAGUUAACUGGUUUGCUCCAGGGGUCGCACUUGUAGCUGGGGGCACUUGCUCGGUCCUGAUACCCAGAGCCCACAUCACCACCCAGCACUGCUCUACUCAGUGAGGUCCCCCAUGAAACUAUGCUGUUAUGAACUGAGAGAAGGCUAUCUGCAAAUACAAGGGGCUGCUUUGCGAGAUCCAGGAAAUACCAAUUCUGGAUGUUGUUUUAAACCUAAGUAUACGGUAUGAGGAAACAGACCUGCAACUGGGGGGUUUAGGUGUUAAACUCUCAGUGUUUGACUAUUAUAAUUAUUUAACUAAGCUCCAUUUAGUCUUGAUAAGUAGCCCUUGUUACUUUUAGAGGAACCUUUCAGAACUUACUGAAAGAUUUCCUACUCACCUGACUUACAAAAGCAAUCGUUCUCUUUCUGAAUAAAUAGAGAGGACUGAGUGAUGCUCAUGCUUUAGAUAUAGACAGCAAAACCUAGACUCAAAUCUACUUGCUUUUCUUAUGCAAAUCUUCUCACAGGAUUAGAAGGGAAAGUAAACAGCAGUCCAACCUUAAGAUCUUUUUCUUUUUAGAGGCAGCCUGUUAUAUAAAUCUGAAACAGAAACUGUUUUCAUUUGAAGAUCAAAUAGAAGUUAUCUAGUGAAGCUGACAAACAGGGCAGAAUAAUCUCUUUGCAUUUUUGAGAAAUGGAUAGCUCUGGUUUUGUUUCAAGGCAAGUAACUUUUAAAUAAUAUUUAACGAAAUAAUUGACCUUGAUGUUUAAACUACAACUUCCUUCACGUCAUUAAGCUCACUGUUUUUGAAAAAAAAGUUUAGUAUCUGAACUCUGGCGUUCAUUCUGCUAAUCUCAUAAUAACAUUUGUUUCUUGUGGAAUU